AUGGCCACUACAAAGGAUUUGAAGCACUCCACCUCAGAUCUUAAGGAGAAGGAUGACAUAGAGAAGACGGAGUCCGUUUCGUCUGAUCAUGAGGAUGUUAAUUACGACCCCGCUUUCGUCAAAAGGACCUUACGGCGAGUCGACCUGCGCAUGCUACCAUUGCUCGGAUUGUUGUAUGCCGUCGCUCUCAUUGACCGAACGAAUUUGGGUAUUGCCCGCAUCGCUGGAAUGGAACUGGAUCUAAGACUCGACAUUGGCGAACGGUACAGUAUCGCGUCGAUGAUUUACUUCAUCCCCUAUACACUUUUGCAAAUCCCUGGCAAUCUCGUUCUGCGGCGCCUCGGUGCACGCAACUUCAUGACUAUCUGCGUUGUUGGCUGGGGCGCCUCCCAGCUCGGCAUGGCGUUCGUCCCUACCUGGGGUUAUCUAAGUUUGUGCCGUGUCUUCCUCGGUGUCUUUGAGGCCGGAUUUUUCCCAUCCCUUGUGUUUAUUAUCACGACUUGGUACCAACGCUACGAGGUUCAACAGCGACUCGCCAUCUUUUAUCUUAGUUCAAUUAUCAUUACCAGUUUCAGCUCAAUCUUUGCUUAUGGUCUCACAUUUCUGCGCGGCAGAGGUGGACUUGCCGGAUGGGCCUGGAUAUUCCUCAUUGAAGGUCUCAUCACUAUCGUACUCGGCAUCCUGGCGUAUCUCUAUGUCCCCGACUUCCCCGACAAGAGCAAGUUCCUCACCGAGGAAGAGCGGAAGAUGAUCCUAGGGCGUGUUCAGCAAGAUCGUGGAGACUCGCUUCCUGACAAGGCUACUGGAAGAAAAGUUUGGCUGCACCUGAGGGAUCCCAUCGUCUGGGCUCAUUCUAUCAUGUUCAUGGCCACUGGUGUCCCAGCAUACGCUGUUGGAUUUUUCAUAACCAUCAUCCUCGCCGGGAUGGGUUACUCCACCUCCGAGGCUCUGCUCCUCACUGCUCCUCCCGGUCUUGUCGCUGGUAUCUCGUGCUACUGCUUCGCAAGGCUCGCCGACCGGACGAGGAAGCGCGCUGUCUGGCUCGCAACCCAGAAUGUCAUUACCAUUGUCGGACUCGCUAUCGCCGCCUACGCCAAACCCCAUCCCGUGCGGUACUUUGGUCUCUUCCUUACCAACAUGGGUGCAACGGGCUGUGUACCUGGAGUUCUGGCCUACAGCGCAAAUAACAUCACGAGCCACAGCAAGCGUGCCGUCCAGACGGGCCUUAUUAUCGGCAUGGGAGGUGUUGCAGGUAUCAUCGCGACUACUGCCUUCCGCCAGAAGGACUUCCCAAGAUAUGUAACGGGAAUGUGGGUCGCCAUGGGCCUGCAGUUUACGAUGCUCUUCCUUCUCGCCGUUCUCUCAUAUGUUUACGCCCGCCGCAAUCGUCUUCGUCGCGAGGGCAAGGUCGGGCCCCUCGAGGGGCAGGAAAACUUCUUCUACACGAUCUAA